GACCCACUGUCGCGCAACUGCACUUUCUGGUGGAGCCGAGGGGGCGUGCCGGUAGAUCCAAGAAGUCAGAAAAGUUUGAACUGAAGAUUAUUAGACAUACUUCCUGGACGAAAGUUGGUCUGUAAUGGUUUUGGACUAAACAUUCAUGAAUUCGACCAGCAUCUUUCUGAGCACCCCAUUGCCUGGUCCAACCAUGCCAGUUGACAUGGCCAUGCAGCUGUACAUUGCCAACUCCCCUCCCCUUCGUAGCUUCCUCAGCUCCUACGAGGACUGCCGUGCCCGGAGCCUGGUCAACGCCCGCUGCUACAAGCCCCUGCGGCCCUGUCUGAGCUCCAGACCUUGUCUGGAGGCCCCCUGCCUGGGCUGGCAGACGCCCAAAGGAAAAGCCAAGAAGCGGGUGGUGUUUGCCGACUCCAAGGGCAUGUCGCUGACGGCUGUGCACCUCUUCUCCAACUUGGAGGACAGGGACGCGACGUCGGCCCUCUCCCAGCUGCAGUUCGACCUGACGGAGCUGGAGAGCGCCACGGCAACCCUGCACGUCAGCACCUCACAGGGCCUCAUGCUGGACUUCCCUCAGCCGUCCGCUGACUACCUGGACUUCCGUAGCCGGCUGCUGAAGAACUCUGUGUGCCUGGAGAACUGCACGCUGCAGGAGCGCUUGCUCACAGGGACGGUGAAGGUCCGCAACCUGGCCUUCAAGAAGUCCGUCCAGGUGCGCGUCACCUUUGACACCUGGAGGAGCUUCCAGGACGUGGAGUGCACCUUCAUGAACAACGUAUACGGCUGCCAGGAUACGGACAUCUUCUCCUUUGCCAUCGAGCUGCCAGGCUACGUGGCGCCUAAGAACCAGAUGGAGUUCUGCAUCUGUUACAGGGCAGCAGAGCAGAACUACUGGGACAAUAACCACGGGAGCAACUACAGGCUGGUCCCGGCACCAUGGAAACCAGACAGCAAGUUGUCUCUGGCCAGUAAGAAGAAGGAAACUGUGGUGACACCCAAGAAACCAAUCCGGAAGCUGGGCUCUCAGUUUGACCAGCUGGGAUGUCGAAGCACCUGCAGCGGGCUCUUUGCGGACUGGCAGAGUUGGGGUCGCAUCGAGAACAGUACCCCCUACUGGUGACAUGAGCAGGGGGUGAUGUGGUUACAAAAUGUGAUGAGGGGACUCAUGUUGACAGCUAUGGGUCUAUCUAUAAAGACGCCUAUUUAGGCCCUUGUAGUUAUGUCAACUUCAAACACUUCAAAGUCUGUAUGAAAUGUAACAAACGGUUGUAAACAGACUUUGCUGAAUAUACCGAUUAGGGUCUUUUUUUAGUGUACCAGUCAACAAAUCUUUUUGAACCUGUUGCCUUGGCUUUUCAGCUGAACCUAUUUGCUGGUCUUAUAUAUUUUUGCACAUACUGAACUUGAGCCCUGUCUCAAAACAAGUUCAAGUGAGGAGAGUGAAGAAUGGAUUGCUGUUGCAUGCACACAGAGGAAGCCCUUCAUAUUGAAGGGGUUUUCCUUAAAUAUUGCCUUUUUUUGUGAAG